GCCAUCUUCUCUUAAAAUAGCACACUAGUUUUCAUUUCUUGCCAACAGAUAGUUAUUAAAAAAUUCAAAUAAUGCGUGAGAUAGUUCAUCUCCAGGCUGGGCAAUGCGGGAAUCAGAUAGGAUCGAAGUUCUGGGAGAUAAUAUCAGACGAGCAUGGCAUUGAUCAGACUGGCCACUACACAGGUGACAGCGAUCUGCAACUCGAGAGGAUUCAGGUUUAUUACAAUCAAGCGGCUGAUGGCAACCGUUAUGUACCACGCGCGGUCCUGGUUGACCUGGAGCCAGGCACAAUGGACGCAAUCCGCUCCUCCACCUACGGUCAGCUGUUCCGACCUGAUAACUACGUGUUCGGACAGAGCGGAGCUGGCAACAACUGGGCUAAGGGUCACUACACGGAAGGCGCGGAGUUGGUAGAAGCCGUCAUGGACGUGGUCAGGAAAGAAUCUGAACCCUGCGAUUGUUUGCAAGGGUUCCAGCUGACGCACUCGCUGGGCGGCGGCACCGGCUCCGGCCUCGGCACGCUGCUGCUCGGCAAGCUGCGUGAGGAGUACCCCGACAGGAUCGUCAACACAUUCAGUGUUAUGCCCUCGCCUAAGGUAUCAGACACAGUAGUGGAGCCUUACAAUGCGACACUGUCUGUCCACCAACUGGUAGAGAACACGGACGAGACCUUCUGUAUCGACAACGAAGCUCUCUACGACAUCUGCUUCCGCACUCUGCGUCUCGCCAGCCCUACGUAUGGAGACCUCAAUCAUCUAGUCUCUCUGACGAUGUCAGGAGUGACCACAUGUCUACGGUUCCCUGGUCAGUUGAAUGCAGAUCUUCGGAAAUUGGCUGUGAACAUGGUCCCGUUCCCUCGUCUACACUUCUUUAUGCCAGGUUUCGCGCCGCUCACGGCUCGCAAUAGUCAGGGUUACAGAGCCCUUACUGUGCCGGAGUUGACUCAACAGAUGUUCAGUCCAGUGAACAUGAUGGCAGCAUGUGAUCCGCGUCACGGCCGCUACCUCACAGUGGCGGCCAUCUUCCGAGGACACAUGUCUAUGAAGGAGGUCGAUGAACAAAUGCUCACUGUUCAGGAUAAGAACUCCAGUUACUUCGUAGAAUGGAUCCCCAACAACGUGAAGGUAGCUGUGUGUGACGUGCCGCCGCGCGGCCUCAAGAUGGCCGCCACCUUCGUCGGCAACUCCACAGCCAUACAGGAAAUAUUCAAACGAAUAUCUGAGCAAUUUACACUCAUGUUCAGGAGAAAGGCGUUCCUGCACUGGUAUACCGGCGAGGGUAUGGAUGAGCUGGAGUUUACAGAAGCUGAGAGUAAUAUGAACGACCUUAUCGCAGAGUACCAGCAGUAUGAGGAGGUAGGUGUAGAAGAAGGAGAAUUUGAUGAACAAGAAGAGAUGCCCGGAGAAGAAUAUCCUGAAGAAUAAUUAUAUAAACGAGUUAUUUCUAAACUUUCCUUUAAAAAUUUAGUUUAUUUGAACUCGAUUUUAGUGAUUUUAUAUACCUAUUACAUAUUCCCGCCAUCUGUGAAUUUUUAGGUUAUAUUUGUGUUGCCAAAUGAAAAUAAGGACCAUUGUAAAAUUAGACAAAUAGCAGCCGAAUACUUAAAUAAAUGAUCCCACUCAAUACGUUCAGUUUUAAUUGAAAUUAAUGAGUGAAAAAUUGUGUAUAGGCCUUAUUUUAACUGUCAGUUCAAUUGUUCAGUUAUUUUUUAGCCAAAAAGGUUUAACUGAUUAAUUAAAAAGUUCGCCUGUACAGUUAUAACUGUCAAAUGCACUGUACAGUUAAACUAUCAGUUCGUCUGUGAAGUUCAGUUCCGUUGAAUAGUUCAGUUUGACUGUAUAGUAUUAGCUGUCAGUUCCACUUCACUUUGACUGUAUAGUAUAAACUGUCAGACUGUAUAGUUAAAUCUGUCAAAACUAAGGGUUAAGGAAUACGGACUAAUUUUAACUGAGUAGUUAUGAGUUAAAAUUUUGCCUACACGUGCAGUUUUAACUAAAUAGUCAAUGCUGUUAAAACUGUCAGAACUAACCUUAAUGACAGGCAUCAAAAUGUUAAUGGAAUUUGGAGUUAUUAACAGUGGUAGUGCCCGCUUUAACAUGUUAGCACUGCAGGACACGCCCCCAAU